AUGACAUGCUUUAUGUCCAGUGCUAUUAAGCGUGCUUUACAUACUACUACACGUGCACUGAACUAUGAAUCUGAUUUUUUACUAAAAACCUCCAUUAAUGAAAUUAGAAAUAUAGGUAUCAUUGCACACAUUGACGCAGGUAAGACCACUACAACAGAACGUCUGCUAUACUACUCUGGUCUAACCAAUCGUAUAGGUAACGUUGAUAACGGUGAUACGAUUACGGACUAUUUAACUCAAGAGAAAGAUAGGGGUAUCACAAUUCAAAGUGCUGCUGUGACAUUACCAUGGAAAGGGAAGAAAAUCAAUGUUAUAGACACGCCAGGUCAUGCCGAUUUCACAUUUGAGGUGAUUAGAUCGUUAAGAGUGCUAGACGGUGCAGUCACUAUUUUAGAUGCAGUUGCAGGUGUUGAAGCGCAGACGGAGAAAGUCUGGAAACAAGCAAAAGAUCUAAAUAUUCCAACUAUGGUAUACAUAAACAAAAUGGAUAGAGACGGUGCCGGUUAUGGGCGUACGGUGAAGGAAAUUGUUGGAAGGUUAGGCACCAGAGCAAUCUUAGUAAAUUUCCCCUACUUUGUAAAGGGUAAAGACCAGAAGGAUGUGUUUAAAGGUGUUGUUGACGUAGUGAAUAAUAAAUUGAUCGAAUGGAAUACCAGUUCCGACGUCGAUGGUAGAGAAGUUUCAGUUAGUGAUAUUAGUAAAGAAUCUGCUGUCUAUACUGACUUUAUCAAUGCAAAACAAGCAAUGGUUGAUUAUUUAGGAGAAUAUAAUGAUCAGAUUGUUGAACAUUUUUUUGAAUCUGAUGAUUACACAACUGUCGAUAAGAACUUAUUAAAUGCCACUAUUAGAGAUCUGACAAUUAAGAAUCUUAUAACACCUGUUUUAUGUGGCUCCUCUUUCAAGAACAUCGGAGUACAACCAUUAUUAGAUGCUAUUGUUGAUUAUUUACCUUCCCCAACAGAUGUGACGCCACCACAGGUUAUUGGAGUUAAGAACAACAGUGUUCCUACAAAAAUUGAUUCCAAAGUUGGAUGCAUUGUAAAUAAUAACAAAAAUCUAACUGCGGCACUUGCAUUCAAAGUAAUUAACCAUCCUAACCGUGGAUUGAUGACGUUUGUUCGUGUAUAUUCUGGCAAACUACAGCCGAACUCCACUAUAGUUAAUUCCAGAACUGGUGAAAAGGUUAAAAUAGGUAAACUUUUAGUUAUGAAUGGCGAAAAUCCACUGGAUGUCAAGUUUUUGACAGCUGGUAAUAUAGGUGUUAUCACAGGCACAGACGAAAUAGCUACAGGUGAUACGCUAAUUGGACAUGCUGUCACUAAAUCAGUUAAUGGAAUAAACAAGAAUGAGACAUCACUGAAAUUACUCCCUAUUGAUAUCCCACCUCCUGUUUUUAGUGUUUCUAUUGAGCCAACUACUGUUUCAGAUAAGCGGAAAUUGGAUUCCGCUUUGGGCGUGUUAUUGAAGGAGGAUCCAUCAUUGAAACUGACAUUUGAUGAUGAGUCUGGCCAGUCCAUUCUAUCGGGUAUGGGUGAAUUACAUCUAGAAAUUACCAAGGAUAGACUAGUUGAUGAUAUGAAAGUCAAUGCUGAUAUCGGCGAUGUGAAUGUUACAUAUAAAGAGACGAUCACCAAAGACGUUGACUUUGUUGAGAUUUAUGAAGAUGGAGAUAAUGAGAAUGAACAUCAGUAUGGAAUUUCUUUAUCAAUUCAUCAAUUCGAAACCCCAUUUCAUGAAUUUAUACAAUGCUUACAUGAGACCAAAACUUUUAAUAGUGAAGAUGUUUAUAUGCUAGAUAUCAACACUGCCAUUGUUUUUGAUAAAGCAGCAGUUCCAAGAGAUAUUGAAAAAGAAUUAGCAAAACCUAUCUGGACUCUGAAUAUUAGUUACGAGAAAAUCAUAAAUGCUAUUUUAUCGGGGGCUACAGGCUCUUUACAGAUGGGAGGUAGAUUGGCCAGGUUGCCGCUACAGAACCUUGUGAUUUAUGUGAACCAAUGGUGUGUUCCUGAUUUGAAGGAUAUGCAAAACGUAUCAGGCUUGAUCAAAAUAACUCGUGAGACAAUUAAUAAGGGUCUGAAUUCGCUCGAUGAUAAUGACUUCACCUUAUUGGAACCUAUAAUGAAUGUUAAGACUUACGUUCUUGAGUCUGAUGUAGGUACUGUUUCGCAAGAUCUAAUGAGUGCAAGGAAUGCCAAUAUUUUAAGUAUCGAAGACGAAAGUGAUGCAGGUGUGUCUGCUCGAGAAUGGGCAGAUAAUAUGGAGAGGACAUUUGUUCCGUACGACCCUACGAUGCAAUACUUACAGAAAAACAACGGUGUGAACAAGUUGGUUAUUUCAAGCGAAGCCCCACUCCGAGAAAUGAUUGGAUAUCUAAACAAGUUGAGAUCCUUAACUAAAGGACGUGGUAUCUAUGAUAUGCAAUUCAAGGGUAUGGAGAGGACUACUGGUGACCGUGUGAAACAAAUUUUAGAAGGUUAA